AUGCGGAUCUACAAGCACAAAACGCAAAGAUUGAGAGCCAGCGAGGAGCUGAUCCGUGAAGCGCUCGCGGACAUCAGAUUCCGGGGAUUAACGAUGAAAGCCGCCUCCGAGAAGUACGGAAUACCAUACACAACGAUGCAUUCGGUUAAAAAGAGAGCAAUUGAGGCAAUGGGAGACGCGUGGGGCGACGCCUCUAAGCCUACCCGAACGGGCCUCAAAAAAACCGGGAUGAUCUCCAAAUUUGCGUCGCGCCAAGUCUUCUCGUCCCAUGAGGAGCGAAAUCUCGAGGAAUACCUCAUUGUGUGUUCAAAGCUGAGCUUUGGGCUCACGUUGGAGGCCACACAAAAGUUGGCGUAUGAGCACGCCAAAUUUCUGCAGCGACGAUGCCCGCCAAACUGGGAGCGGGAGAAAAAGGCAGGUAGAGAUUGGAUCGCUGGCUUCCUCAAAAGGCAUCGACAAAUUUCACUGCGCAAACCCGAAAAUACAUCUUUGGCCAGAAAUAUUAGCUUCAACAGAGAAAAUCUGAGUAUCUUUUAUGAUAACCUCGAAUAUCUAUUGAAGCAGCACUCCUUUGCGCCAUGCAGAAUUUGGAAUCUCGAUGAGACUGGCUUGAGCACUGUCCUGCAAGCGCCGAGAGUUGUGGCUCCGACCAAUGCCCGACAAGUCGGUCAGUGUGUGUCCGGAGAGCGAGGAGUAAUGGUGUCCAUCGUGGGAAUUGUUAAUGCAUCUGGAGGCUACAUGCCUCCAGUGUAUUUGUUUCCAAGGAAGCGGCUUCAGAGCGUCUUCAUGGAGGGUGCCCCGUCCGGGGCGAUUGGCCUUCACAGCCAAAACUCGAGUUCAUCCUCAUAUAUGGACACAGAAAACUUUUUGAAGACGCUCGAUCACAUCCUUGUCCAUGCCGCACCGUCCAAGGAGGACCCCAUCCUCCUCAUUCUGGACAAUCACGCUUCCCACACAAGUCUGGAUGCGAUCAAGAAGUGUCGGGAGAAUGGUAUUCAUAUGCUGACACUGCCGCCACACACGAGUCACAAGACUCAGCCAUUGGAUAUCAGUGUGUUCGGCCCAUUUAAGUCUUAUUGCAAGACUGCUUUUAAUGACUGGAUCACGGAAAAUGCUGGACAGAAGAUCACAUUGCACAAUAUUGUGCGUAUUUCCGCAAGCUCCAUCGUGAAGAGCUUUUCCACUCACAAUAUCUGCAAGGGAUUUGCAAAAUGCGGAGUGCAUCCAUUGGACAGGUCGAAGUUAAUGGAAUGCAUCGAAUCCCCGAUGGAAAAUGCUUCACGAAACACUGCAGCGAAGACGCCACAGAUGCCAUUUGAGUCAUCGACAGCAUCGGACGAUAUUCGUCCAAUCAAUUUUGGUGAUUCAGUGACUGAUGAAGAAUUCGACUUGCCGUUUCUGAUGCCACCCUGUAGUCAACAACUUCCAACUGAACAGGACAUUGAGGAGGAUAUAUAUAUUUCAUCAACGCCUCCCCCGGGUGAUUUGGAGGAUUUUGUAAUUGCCAAAGAUCAAUCGAACUCUUCUCCUCACCUGAACAGUGAUUCCGUUCUGAUGAGAUCUGAGGACGAGGCGCUUGAUUUCAGCCGAGGGGCCAGAGAAGAUAUUCAUGAGAUCCCAAACAUUAACAAGAGGCUACACUCCAUGAUUGGCGGUCCUCUGGACCUCACUUACCCGUCAGUGCCGCCAUACAGCCAGCUAAGAUUUGGCGGAGUAGAGCUUCAUCGGCCAUUGCCGAAUCCACAGGCUGUUCAGAAAUCAGCAAAAUUUACCCGGCAAGUGUCUUCAGCGAUUCUGACUGGAUCACCAGAGAUGAAGAAGAAGGAGGAGCAGGUGAUGAAGAGGAAUCUUAAGAAGGAGGAGCAGAAGAAGAUCCAGGAGGAGAAGCGUGAAUUGAAGAAAAAGAUCCAGGAGGAGCGACUGAAAUCGAAGCUCAAGAAAAAGAAGCCAGAGAAUCGUAAGAAGACUGAACAAAAAGUGGAAACUGAUGUUCCCAAAAGGAAGAGAGGGAGGCCUAGGAAGACCCCUUUAAUAUAG